UUUCCAUUCUUAUAGCGAGAUUUGAUUUUCCCUCCGUUGAACUGAAGGAAAUGGAAUCGGUGGGAGGAAGCGGUAGCAACGAAGUUGAAAACGAUUUGGAAAUGAAGCUCUUACGUGACCGAUUCAGACUCUCCGCAAUCUCAAUCGCCGAAUCUGAAGCUAACAAAAGCGGCAUGGAAGUUUCAAAAGUUGUUGUCGCUUGCGUUGCUGAUUUAGCCUUCAAAUACACCGAACGGUUAGCUAAGGAUCUUCAACUAUUCGCACAGCAUGCAAAUCGUAAAUCUGUAAAUAUGGAAGAUGUCAUUCUCUGCGCACAUCGAAAUGAAAAUCUAUCUAGUUUGUUGAGGACUUUCUCGAAUGAUUUAAAAGUCAAAGAUCGUCAAAAUGAGAAGAAGCGAAAGAAAGAGUCUAAGAAGAAUGACAAAACAACUGUUUAGUAUAUUGCUAUGAAUGCCUGGGUUCGUACCCUAUGAACAUAUAUUGCAUUAUUAGAAGAAUUUGGCAACUUUUCUUGGAUUUGUUAGCUCCAUCUUUAUGGUUUUGUUAUGCACUUGGCAAGGAAAUGUGUCUUAUAUAGUUGUAUAAAUGUUCAAGUCCAAACAGAAUUCUUAUUCCAAUGCAUAAUUUGUUUGUGCUUGUAAGUCUUCAUUUAGCUAGUUGAAUCUGUUGGAAAAAUGAGAAGAUCCUCCUGACUCGUAUCUAAAUGAUAGUGUGUGGAUUAGUGUUCUAGCUUUACUUUA